UCAAAGUUCACUGGAUUGUAUAGUUAUUGUGGAUUCAGGUCCUGUAUUACUGUGAACCCGUGUGAUACGCAUGGAACUGCCAAGGCUAUUCGUCGGGCUUUGACUAUGAGUGACGAGGAGGCAUUGUCGAGGUGGGAGGACCUCCAUAACCACGUGGUAACACAAACAGCCCAAACCUUCCUCGCGCGCUGCCUUCACGCCAACACCGAACACACCACCCAAACAGACCACCACUCUGUCCCUGCCCUCAACACCACGCUCCUCCUCCCAAGCUACAAACACUCCCCUCGCCGUAUCCUCCUGCUCGAUUUCGAAGGCACGCUCUGGCGCCCCGACAUGUCUCGCGCAGGACUCCUCGCGCCGUUCGUGCCCACCGAAGGCGCAGUAGAACUCCUGAACAAGUUCUCUGCAAAUAAGCGCAACGAUGUGUGGUUGCUCAGCGGGUUACCUGUCAAGAGCCUCGAGCGGGUCGCUGAACAAGCGCCUGAUGUGGGUAUAGUUGCGGAGAACGGGUGUUUUGCCAAGAUCCCGGCGCAGAAUGGGAAAGGAGGGGUGUGUAUAAGUAUGGCUGCGAAUUUGAAUUUGACGUGGAAGGGUCUUUGUGUAGAGAUUUUGAAUUA